AUGCGCAACAGUGCUGACGACGAUGACUCGGAAGACAAGCAGGAAGCCGACAAGCUGCAGCUCAGCGCAGCCCACGGCUUCAUCGAAUUGUACCACACGCGCCGCUUCUUUGCGACGAUAGAUGGGUUCCACAAGGGAUCGCUCGACCUGACCGGGAGGCAUAAGCCGCGCUAUGAGCGCCUACGCUCGCGUUUCGACGAUAUCGUUAACCAUUUCACGUUCGUUUCCAACCGGUGUGUGUGGUUGAAGCCAAGGUUUUUCGGUGAAGAGGAUGUCUUUGUAUUCGACCCGCCUGACCUCUGGGACAACUUCCUCGGCAAGUGGAAGAUCGGGUCCAUGUUCGACUACAAGACGUUCAAGAGGGACUUGAAGAAUGUCCAAAAGACUAUCGCGCAACAGCCUCAGCCGCGAUACCAGAAGGUACUGCUACUGCAUCUGCCUGCCGAGCUUCUGGACAAUAUCAUGAUCCUCUCUACGGGAGAUCAGCUGAAACGAUGGAGUCUUACCUGCCAGACGCUGCGCAUCCAUGCCAUGGUGUACAUGCACGAGACUGUCAGCUACAUCCUCGACGCUAUGGCUAUCGACUGGAGUCCCGCGGAGAACUUGCCGGAGAAUGACGGUGGCAUGGGCGAGUUCGUCCGCAAGAACGCUUACGAGCAACGCGACGCGCUCGAGCAACGCAUGAAGAACAUGGCUGCCCGGCCCGAGGUGCUUCGCCGCAUUCGCUCCCUCGGCUUCGUCGAAUCCUGGUCGGCAGAGAUUUACAACUGGCUCAACGUCAUUGGGACGUCUUGCCUCAAAUUCAUCAACCCUCUCUUGACGCCAUUAGCGGCUCACAUACGCGGCUCUUCGAUGGAGGAUUUCACGUACGUCUCGCGGUAUCUGUACGGGACUGUGUGGAGGGAGGUGGCUAAGUCGAAGACGCUGCACACACUUGAUCUGGUGACGAAUCUCCCAAAGGAUCCGAAAUGGCCUCGCGCGCCGAACAUCCGCAACCUUGAUUUAACGAUCCCUGCGACCGUGCGCUUCACCGACAUGUGGAACAUUCUCAUCGUCUGCCCGGGCCUUUUGUACCUUUGCACCGGCGGCGUGCUUACCGACGGUGUCGUGCUUCCCGAACACAUCCUGCGAUCCGUUGACCACAACCCUAUGAAGCAUCUCCGCCGAGUCGACAUGAGCAAUAUCGCGGCGCCGUCCUUGAUCCAUCUUGCUUCCGGUAUCCGAGGCGCGAAUCCUGCGCCGCUCACGCACCUGGCGAUAUCGUGCGGAAGUCGGUCACAUAUCAAGCGAGACGUCGCCUUCGCGCUCGCUGAGUCAUUCCGCUUCGCCCCGCAUCUGCGCGUCUUGCAUCUCACCGGGCUCCAGUACGCACGCCCCGAGCUCUUCGAACUUCUUGGGGAAUGCGCGCCAGGCCUGCACGCCCUGGCCAUAUAUCACCGCCCCAGCAUUUCCCGACCGUCGAAGGCGCCCGCUCGCUGGCCGUGUCCGUCCUACGAGUACGCGCCCCACCUCGCCGCCUUUCCUCAUCUAGAGCAUCUGGCGCUGAAUAUGUCCGUCCUUGAAUUCUCGCACUCUUCGCAGUACAUGGCGCGCAUUGAGAACGGGUACGUCGGCGCGGAGCGGGAGGACGAUAUCGCGAUGCUGGCGUACAUGAUGCAGUCGCGGCUGGUCCCAAAGAACAACUUCAAGGAGCAGCAGCCACUCGUCGAGGAAUUGUUUGGCGACGACCUGGCGCCGGGCGAGGUGCGCGCUAUGGUAAGGCUGUUCGCCUCCCAUGGUUUGGCGUUGCGCUCCGUUUUCCUGCACGACCCGUCGAAGCCGGUGCGGAUGUCGGCGUGGGCAGUUGAUAGGGAUGCGUCUGGGCGCCCGGUUUUGAGAAACGAUUGGACGGAGGCGGAAGAUGCGGCAGAGUACCAUUAUGGGUCUAUCCAGAAUAGGGAGGGGUGGAAGUUCACUGCGCAGGAGAUCAAGGAUGUCGUGGCUAAUGAUUCUGGUAUUUGA